GGGCGGAGGGGAGGCGCGCCUUGGGCCGGGGCUGCUCUUGGUCCUCUCCAUCCCUCCACCCUCUUCCUCCUCGGCUCCGGCUCAUUCGCCUCCAGGAUGCCUCGCUUGGCGGCCUGUCUGCUGUGCCUGGCGCUCUGCUCCUCCUCCUCCUGGGGAAGAGACCCCCGGGAGACCCCCAAACUGCUCUGGAAGGAGCCCUCGCUGCCUUCCCGACUGGGAGACCCCGGCGCCUCCAGUUUGCCCGUCCUGCGCGCCGCUCAAGCUGCUCUCCACUAUUUCAACUACAAGCUGGGCUCUCCCAGCUCGCUCCGGGCUCCUGAGCAUGUCAAGAAGGCCUCGGUCAAGGAUAUUCCAGGUGUUGGAAAGAAAUAUUUUCUUCAGUUUUCUACAAAAGAUCUUCAGACUGGGCAAAAACUAGGCCUGUGCCUCGCAUCUGUGUUCUACCUGAAGACAAAACCUAAGCCAACAGUUGAAAUUAUUUGCACCCGCAACAAAGAUCCGGAUCAACGUCAGCGGGAGGACUACAGCUUGUACCUAAGCAUUAGAGAUAGUGUUGAGCCUUCUCUUGAUGAUCUGUGGGCUUUGGGCACAGUUGGCAGCAGUUACAUCGCGUGGGAGAAGGCAACUGUAGACUCCAGUUACAUCAUGACACAAAUCAAGAAUGUCAAGCAGUGGAGAAGAGCUGACGAGUCCCUUGAGUUUGAUUACAGUAUUCUGCUCUCAAGUGGAGUUUCAGAGUCUCUGUCCUGCCAUAUGCGCCUUAUCUGGAAGCUUGGACUGCCUAUGAAAGUGAAGUAUGAGUGUUCUGCUGAAGAUGAAUCUUCAGGGUUUGGUGAUGGGUCUGGAGCAGAACAGGGAUCUACAAGUGGCUUUUUUAUUGAGCCAGAAAGUAAUUUUUUAGUAGGGUGAAUGCUUGUGUUUAUAAAGAUGUAAACAUUUUUGGAAAGGUGUAGAGCACCUAACAUUAAUAUUGCAAAACCAGUAUUAUGAUUGUUCUUCUGCAUAAAAUCAUUUCAGUCUACUUUGAAGUUUUGCACUAGUUGCUUCUUUCCUGCCAUGAAUACAUUCUGGGUAGUUUCAUAUGAAGAAAAAGUAUUUUUAUGUAUCUCCCUAAAACAUUUUUUCAGAUUGUUUUAAUGCAUGUAAGAACUACUGAUUUGAAUCCAAGUUUCGGGCAUUAGUGGGGUAAUUUAGUAUUGAGAAGAAAUGUUGAUAUAUAUAUCUGAAAAUGCCAUUUUAAAGAACUAUGUGUUGAGAUACUUCAAGUUCUGAAAAUAAAACAUCUGAUGCUUACUUUUAACUUAUAUCCAAUAAAAUCAAUAAUGGCA